AUCAUCAUCAUGUCGGUGGAAGAACGACCACCAGUUCACCCGGGCGGCACCGGACUGCUCCGCGGACACCGCAGCAGGUCCUACGGGAGUCUGGUCAAGUGUGCCGCUCCUCCGGUACCACAUGAAGUUCUCCAACACAAAGUUCAGCCCGGAGAGACUCUUCAAGGCCUUGCACUGAAAUACGGAGUUUCUACAGAACAAAUCAAGCGGGCGAACAGAUUGUACACCAACGACUCAAUAUUCCUGAAGAAAAUCUUGUUUAUCCCCGCACUACUGUCAGACUCUCAAGCUGGCAUCUGCCCGGAUUUACUCAAAGAGGAUUCAGGUGAACGCACCACCUGUGUUUCUCCUCCGAGUGACAACACCGGCCUGUCUGUGACGAUACCCGGCUGCGCAGAUGAAGACGGGCCGGAACUUUCUCCAAUGGACUUCCUCAAAAGAAUGGACUCUUUGAUACGACAGUCCAAGAAGGCAGCUGUUCAAGGAUGCCACGAGUGGGAGAAACGGUUUGCCGCCAUCGAAGCGGCGUGCAGUGUCCCAGAAAGGCGCUGCCUCCCACGCUCCCAGAGUGGCGUGCCCUCGCCGGCGCUGAACCAGCAGGCGUCGCUGCAGGCGGUGCCGCUUACCGUCACCAAGCUCACGAGGACCCUCAGGGAGACGGAGGACGAGAUCUUCCAGCUGUGAUGCUCUGGGUCUCCCCGACACCGCUGGGUGGAUUCCACGGCGACGGCGUUUUAAACGGGGUCCCUGUUUUACCCCCCGUGAGUGACGUUGAGUAGUUAUCACGAGUCGUAAAAAAAAGGCCAAAAUGUACCUGCCUGUAGUCACAGUGUGUGUCCACGCAUGUAUUAUGGAUUGAUCCAUAUACCAGUUGGGACAGUCCACUAGGUAAAGGCUUGGAGGUGGAUCUUUAUGCCAUACAGCUAGGUGGACACUCCCAUUGGAUAGAUCAGCCUACCUGUUGGUACAGUCUACUGGGUAGGCUUGUUGGUGCGUCUAUCUCUGUCAUUUUUGAGUGAUGCCAUUUAGUGAAUUGUGAAACUGGUUAAACUGGAACGGCAUUGCCAGGUGGUCUAGUCUUGUAUCACUGUAGUUUAGUGUGCAAUGACUAAGUGGUGUGCUUGACACGCUAUUAUUGCACUCCUAAAGUUUAUUUAUUGUUGGAUCAGAAGCGCUUGACAUUGGCUGGUGAAAUUGCAUCAUGUUUUAUAUUUCAUACAGAUGGUAGAGUUGCCGAUAAGCAUUCAAAGGGCCAAGUGAAUCAAUGUUUUGUAUUUAAGUAGGGGCUGGUCAUAUGAGAGCUCAUUUUGCAAGCUGAUCAAGAGUACUGCAUAAUGAUGACUAAGGGCCUGCUCAUGUAAUGUUCAUGUUAGCUUAUUUAUGCAGACCGUAGCUUUGGACAACCAACUGUUUGUGUAGCUUCAUCCAAAUUCAAACUUUGGAUGAAAUAAUUGAAUAGAAGGGUAACAGAUAAUAAUUUUUAGCUACAUUUUUAAGGCAAUGUUUUGUUUACUAAUGUAUACUUAUUUGAGUGAAAUGGUAGUAUUUAAUAAAGAUGGAUAUUCCAAU